AUGCAGACACCGAAGCAGUUGGCAUAUGCGCCAACCCCCUAUAGCUACACACCUUCCAACAACCUGAGAGCGACCAUCAACGAGGACGAAGAAGUUCGCCUGGCCGAGAAUGCAGCAGAGCGCGACCUGUACGAAUCUCUAGCGGAGAUCUACAGCAUCAUCGUCACCCUUGAUGCUCUGGAGAAGGCGUACCUACGCGACAGCAUCAAGGAGAUCGAGUAUACCGAGACCUGCGAUCGAUUGUUGCGGCAGUACAGGAGUACUCUGACCGACGAGAGUGUCGAAGCGGCAUUCGGUGACUUGGAGAGCUUCAAGCGGGAGUGGGAUCUGGAAGUCCCACGCGCAACCGAACGCCUCAAGAUCGGCCUCCCCGCUACCAUCGAAUCCACCCCAACCCACCUCCCCCCAUCCCGCGCCAGCUCCCACCGCACCAACCUCCCCUCAACCUCGCAACCGCAUCAACCCUCUUCCUCCGGCCCCGUGGCCCAACACAUCGUCGCCGCCUCUGAGAACUUCAUCACCCUCUUCGACGCCGUGAAGAUGAGCAUGCUGUCCAAAGACACUCUACACCCGAUCCUGGUGGAGGUGAUACAGAGCGUGAACAAAGUUACGGAUCGGGACUUUGAGAAUAAAGGGAAGAUUGUGCAAUGGCUGAUUACGCUGAACCAGAUGCGCGCGGCGGAGGAGUUGAGUGGCGAGCAGGCGAGGGAGCUGAGCUUUGAUUUGGGGCUGGCUUAUGAGGGGUUCAAGAAGACGUUGGAUUGA